AUGAUGCGCAACUCAAAGGACCCCUUGUGCGACGCAAACGACGUGCAUUCAGUGGAAAAAACUCUGGGCGUUGAGAAAAAGAAUUCGCUUCACAUUUUUGGGACACACAGAGAGCAAUCCGAUAGCAAGAAGAAGCGAGUCCAGUGCAGGGCCUUACAAGCGGGUGAGCAGUACAAGAAAGAAAUUUUUCUCAAAAUGAAGGAUUUUUACAAAAAUAAUGAGAAGACUAGUUUGGGUUGCGAUAGGAGCCCAGCUAGAAGCUCUAACCGUGUUCAGGAAAACCCCAAAGGGGAAAACCCGAGUGAUGAAAAAAUGAGAGUGAAAGAAGCAAAGGAGGAAAAUGGCUCAGCAGAUGAAAACCUGGAAAAGAAUAUAGCAAAACCUUUCAUCAAGAAAAGGAAGACGCUAUUACACGAAAUGGCACAUGUCCCAUCGGAGAGUAAUUCGAAAAGUAAAAGCGACGUUGAAAGGGAAAGGGAUGGAAAAGAGCCCAUUGAAAGUGACCACAAUGAGGAGGAUAAUAAUAGGAGGUUUUCAGCUGAAGAAGUUAACAGAAGGGAAGAACUUCCUACGGGUAAUUUAGUUCAAAGGGAGGACAAAACGGAUAGUUCAAAAGAGGAAGUAGAACGAGAUCGGAGAGAAGCCGAUCCUGCUGUUAACAAGAAAAGUGAUACUUCUUCGCCUUUGAAUGAGCAAGAGGAAAGGGAGAGCAAUAAAGGGGAAAACGAAUUAAACGGUGGCUAUGCCAUUCGAGAAGACAAAAAAAAUGCUCAAAUUAGUUUUGAUAGAGAAAUAACUGCUCAUUAUGGGAAUGAUAAGGAUGGGUUAUGUCCCGUCUACUGCAAUAAUUUAGAGGUAGGAAGUGAAAGAAGGAAUGGGGACCACAACUCCACACUGAAAAAACGACGCAGUUCUGUAAAAUCAGAUAAGCAAAAUGGAAAAAAUACAACAAAUGAGUCAGCCACUGUGGAUCCUUAUGAUAGUCAAAGGGAAAAUAUGCCCAAUAAGCACAGUCACUAUUCUGGUGAAGAUAAAGCGAGUACCGAGACUGUAAGGUGUGAGGAGGAAAUGAAUGAGGAAAGGGAAUCCAAACAGAAGAAGGGGUCAAACAUAGGUAGUGCUAAUGGUAGUAGGAAUGGUAGAAGUGAAGGCACUUUGAGAAAGGCCGUUAAACAUGUGUUCAACGAGAGCAGGAGUGUCGUUAAAAAUAGUAUUAUCGAUAAAAAGAAAAGGAUUAAGAGCAUUCACAACGAGAUUUUGAGCCUCAUUAGUGCGGAUAGCUUUGCAAGCAAAGGAGAGUUGAUGAACUGCGGAGUGAAUUUUCUAGACAGAAAGGGUGUAACAGUUGGUGAGGGGGGCCAAACAGGGAAGCAGUUACACACAGGAAUGAAUGAAAAAGAAGGAAAAGGGGGAGAUCCACAGAUAGACAGCCACACUGACAUGCUCUCGGAGUAUCAACUUGUUAGCCCGUCUGAAGAAAGGCUCAUUUUAGAGGAGUACAAAUCGGUGUUCUGCGAUGAGAAGGGAUCACUCAAAAAAGGGAUACACCAAUUGGAAUACGAAAAUGAUGGGAGGGUGCAGAGCGAAGGAGUGGAAAUAUAUCACAAAAUGGAUAACCCUAUUGAGGAGGGUAGAAAGGAACACAGAUUAAUAAAUGGAAGUCAAAAUUGCCCUUUGGAAAAGUCUUCUUUAUAUAAUGCCGAGUUGGUGGAAAAGGGCCCAAAUUGUGUGAAGAUCCCUCAGAAGGGAGAUAUUUACAAGGAAAACCCCCCACGAGGAGGGAGAAUCCCGUGUAAGUCACAAACAAGGAGCAGCCUGCUAAAAAGGGUAAAGCUAAUAUACGAGAGGGAAAAAAAAACAUUGGAGAUAAAUCGGAAAUAUAUGAAUAAGUAUGGCUACUUUAAAAUAAUUUUGAACACAUACAGUAGAAACAAUCUGCUCAACAUGAACGAACAUGGCGUUGACUUUGACUUAUCAAGGAUUUUGUUUUCGCAUGACAUCAUAAAGAAAAUUAACCGAGGAAACUUCAAGACGGUUAUAAAGGCUCUGGACUUUUACGGCUAUCUAUAUGACAAUGCAUUUUUAAAAAGGCUAUCUAAUAAGGUGACUAUAAACGAAUGGCUAUGUAAUGCCAUUUUUUUUCAAAAAAUAUUUACAAGGAAGGUUCUAAAUGUGGGAAUAUUCUUUGACCUUGUGUAUCAUUUCUUGUAUUUGGAUCCUUCCUUUAUCGAUUUUUUCUUUAGCAAAAAUGGUGGGAGCUUUGUAAAAAGAUUUUUUCUAUAUGAUAGAUGUAAGGCUCUCAGAUUAGUGAACAACAUUGUUGCUGACUUGAAGAUUAUUAGGCCGUCUACUGAUUCGGUGGUGAAAUUUUUGUUCGGAUUUUUUUCAAAUACAAAUGGGGGGGAAGAAGCUAGAAGGGGGGGUAGGAAGAAGGGCUUACAUGGGUGCGAAUGCAGAAAAAGGGACAACUCGUCGGAUGUAACCAUGGAAGAUGUAACCAUGGCAGAAUGGGGGGCCCUGAUUAACCAAAGUAACCAUUUGGUGAGUAAUCGCAUGAAGAGGAAGGGCAAGGAACGGAAGGAAAAUACUACCCACGUGUAUAUAAAAAAUAGCAAGUUUAAAAAAACAGGGGUACGAAAUAUUUUAAACAAAAUUUGGGAAAAGACCGAUUUGUACGUAAAGGAGGAGGUGUAUUAUGGGAACAACUUUACCGUUAAGAGAAGGUUGAGAGAAAAUAAAACGCAUCAUUUGAAUAUGCUGAACAAUCUUUUAUUCGAGUCGAAUGACACGACGAGUGCGUGUGGCGGUUAUUCAUUUGGGGGCGAUCAGGAGGAAGGAGGGGACCUGGGUUACAGCUUCGACAAAUCAGGCGAAAUGAACUUUGGCAUUAACGGCAAAAUGAGUGAGUCCUUUCACCAGAGCGGGUACCACCAGGGGGGCGGCGCGGGUGGCGGUGAUGACGAAGACGGAAUUGAUGACGAAGACGGCGGUGAUGACGAAGACGGCGGUGAUGACGAAGACGGAGUUGAUGACGAAGACGGGGUUGAUAACGUAGAUGGGGGUGACAACGUAGAAGGGGGCGACAACGUAGAUGGGGGUGACAACGUGAUUGGCUGCGACGAGAGGAGAGACACCAAAACGUUCCACUCGCUGGACUGCGUGCCGAACGUAUCCUUCGAUUUAUUCUCGCAGGAGGAGGACUCCUUCCAAAGGGGUGAUUCCUACCUAACGCUGUGUUUCAAGGAAGAAGAAAAAUGUGACACCGAUAAAUAUGUUAAGGAUGUUACCUACCUGGGAAUAAGAGUUAGCUCGAAGGAAAAUAAAAUAAACUACUACAACUGUUUUGAUGUGAAUUUGAAAGUCUACUUAGAGGAAUGUCUGCUAGCUGAUGUGAAAUAUAAUAUUUCCAAGGAGGGUGAUUACACGUCAGCUUUUUUUCCUGUGUGGCCUCAUAACCCUGAUUACUUUGGAUACCAAAUUGGGAGGAACAUAAAAAAGGAGUUCAACAAAAUGAGGAAAAACAUAGCAAUGAAAGAGAGAGGGGAGGUGGAAAAAAAAUCGAUCGGAAUUGUCCUUAACAAAAUGAAUAGUAAAGGGACAAGGUGUGGUGAAUAUGGCACCAAUUGUACAAUACGCGAAAAAAAAAAAAAAAAAAAGUGCCUUUUUGCUAAGCUGUACAGUGGGCCCAGUAGUGCGAAGAACAACUCACAUAAUAGGAGAGACAGCCAAGAGUGGAAGGAAAAUAAGAUUCGAAAUGUUGAUCAUAUGAAAAUAAAGGAUUGCUGUUUUGUGUUAAGUGUAAAAAUAUAUCCCAUGCGCACUUUAGCAUUGUACAUCCUGUAUAAUGCCUUAUACCAAGAUAACAACACAAAGCUUGUGGAGCUGUACUCUAGUAGCUUAAACAAAGAAACGAAGGAAUGGCUACUCCUUUUUCUUCUUCCGCACUUUGUAAACAAAUGCAUACAUAAAGUUACAUACCCCCUAAAGUUGACGAAAAAUAUUUUCUCCGAAUCGAAUGAAUUUUAUGAAGAUUUUUUCUCCAAUGAAUAUUUAAAAAUUAAUGACAUAGAGAAAAUAAUUAUAUACACAAAGAAUAACAGCGAUGAUGACAUAGAAAUAUGUCCCUUUUCCUUUUGCUAUUUGUGGUUAAAAUCUACCAAGCACAGAAUUGAUAGGUGGAUUAGCUCCAAAAUUAAUGAAGUUCUUUUUACAUUUCCCUUUGCGAAUUUUUUGUUGAGUAAAUAUUUUUCUAAUUUUAUUUUAUUCAUCCAGUUGUUUCAUACCUGCUUGGAUAUAGAUCACAUGUAUCUCUGUAAGUCCCACUUUUAUGUUUCUCUCAAGCAUAAUUUGUCCUUUUUGCACGAGUCCCUCGUUAACGUUUUGUUUUCCCCGCCCCAGAAGUGGUAA